AUGGCUGCCAUGGACGAACUAGGCACACAAUUGCAGUCGCUGCAGGCGCUCAAGCCCCCAGGAGUCACGCCCACCAAGAUCAAGCUCAUCACGCAGCUCUGCGUCGACAACAUUCAGUCGCACGCCGUCAUCGCCCAGAAGAUCGUCCAGCAGCUUCAGAACAGCGCCGCCACACAUAAGCUAGGAGUGCUAUACGUCGUAGAUGCAGUCGCCCGUCAAUGGGUCGAAAAGGCUAAGCAAGCGGGUCAGACCGUGUACAAGAACGCUACACCAGGAACAUAUGCUUCAGGCGUGCAGAUGAUGCGAGACGUGCUUCCAGCCAUGAUGAUGAACCUCAUCCAGUCUGCGCCAGAGACUCAAAAGGAGAAAAUCUCAAAGCUUCUAGACAUUUGGGAGCGCGGCCAGACGUUCCCACUUGACAUGCUGGCCAGCUUCAAGCAGCAGCUGAAUGGCGCUCAGAACAAUGCCCAAGCACCUGUAGAACCACCAAAGAGCAACAACGGCAUAGUCCCACUCUUCAAUGGCCACACUACUAACCCACAGCCCCCGGCCCUGACGGCUCACGCACAGCCACCACCACCACCACCACCACCACCACCACAAGACACUAAUGCUUUCUUUGCCGCCCUCGCUGGCGUUGCCCAGCAGAAUCAGCCCACUAACGCUCCUCCUGCAGCACCUCCCGCAUUCCCUUUCCAACAGAAUAUGGUGCCACCUCCACCUCCAGGUUUUGUGCCUCCUCCGCCGCCUGCUGCCGCAACGCCACAGCCUGGGUUGCCCGCUGGUAUGAAUGAACUCGCAGGUCAGAUUCUGCAGGCUAUGAGUGCUGGUUCAAUCCAACCCGACCAGGCGAUCCAGGUACUAAACGCAAUAGCUACAGCUCAGACUGGCGGCAUCUCUUUGCUACCUCUGCAACCACCUGUUUCACAGACGCCUCCACAAGUUCACCCAACUGUAAUCAAUGGUAGCCAAGCAGAUCGCUAUGAACAGCCCGACAGUAGAAUGCGAGACCGCAGCCGAUCACCCGACUAUCAACGUCGACGAUCGCCUGCGCCCAGGUCUCCGCCAAACCCUAAUCGUCGGGAGAGCCCCACGUAUGGUGUUUACGACCCAAAUGCGGGCCCUGAAGGCAAUGCACAGCGCGUGAAGCGAGGUGAGCGCGGCCGUGGCCGUAAUAAACAAAAAGGAGGCCGUAAUGAUCGUAAUGACUAUCGCCAACGCUCGCCACCGCGACGACAGCCAAGUCCUCCCAGGACGGCUUAUGGCCAGUCCAAGUAUAUUGAAUGGGAUGAAACGCUUCCGCGUGACCAUAUCAGAGUACUGAGUCGUACACUAUUCGUAGGUGGCGCUGGCGGGACAGAAGGUGAGAUUCGGAGCAUCUUUUCUCGUUUCGGUAGAGUCCAAACGUGCAUUGUCAACCAGGAUAAGCGACAUGCUUUUGUCAAAAUGUUGACCCGCCCUGAUGCCGUUGCCGCCAAACAGGGCAUGGAUAACCUCAAUGAUCCUGCUGCGCAGUCCAAGGCGCGCCAGACAAGAUGGGGUGUUGGCUUUGGCCCUCGUGACUGCAGUGACUACCAGACGGGCAUCAGCGUAGUUCCCAUUUCUCGGCUUACCGAGGCUGAUCGUAAAUGGGCAUUGACUGCUGAAUAUGGCGGCACUGGUGGUCGUCCUCUAGAGGGGGGUAUGGUGAUAGAGGAGCCGGAUAUUGAGAUUGGUGCCGGAGUUUCUUCCAAAGCUAUUAGUCGACGUGUCCCUACCGACGCCCCUCGCGGCGGACGUGCAGGCCAUGGUGGGCGUGGAGAUCUCAAUGCCCGUGCCGACCAUGCCGGACGUGGCAACGCCAACAGCCGUGAAAACUUGAACGAGCGCCCAGAAGUUGCAGCCAACAACUUUAGCGGCGGACGCAGCGCACCCGAAAACGUUGCCCAGCACAAAUUUCGCAAGCACGAUCACCGUCCCGCCAACGACCCUCGCCAUGUCUCUCCUCGACCAGAUCAAGGCGUUGCAGUUCCACCAGCCGUGCCGGGAUUCGGCUUCCAGCUUCCAGGCUUUUCAUGACUUCGGCCUCGAUAACCUCUUCUUAGCACAAUCACUA